CCAAGGAAGUGACCGAUCAUCCAGCAGCCUGCCGUCAAGAUGGCACCGAGUGGACUGAAGGCGGUAGUUGGAGAAAAAAUCCUAAAUGGUGUCAUUAAGAGUGUUAAAAAGGAUGGAGAAUGGAAGGUCCUUAUUGUGGAUCACAUGGGCAUGCGAAUUCUGUCCUCAUGCUGCAAGAUGUCUGAUAUUUUGGCAAUGGGGGUGACCAUUGUGGAAGACAUCGAUAAGCGCAGAGAGCGCAUCUGCAGUUUGGAGGCCAUUUAUUUUAUUGCACCUGUGCAGAAGUCAGUUCGUGCACUUAUCAAUGACUUCAAAGACGUGGGCUUCACUUACAAAGCAGCGCACAUCUUCUUCACUGAACCGUGUCCAGAUGAACUUUUCACUGAGAUUGGGAGAUCCAGAGUUGCCAAGGUUGCGAAGACUUUAAAAGAGGUCAACAUUGCUUUCCUACCUUGUGAGUCUCAGGUGUUCUCCCUGGAUGACCCAACGUCCCUCUACUCCUUCUACGGUUUGAAGCCAAAUGAAAACAAAGACAAAAUGAUAGAAAAUCUGGCAGAGCAGAUUGCGACUCUGUGCGACACGCUUAAGGAGUACCCUGCAGUUCGUUACCGCAAGGGACCUGAGGAGAAUGCAAGAUUGGCUGAGGAGGUCUACCGGCGCCUGACAGCUCACAAAGCUGACAAUCCAAGCAUGGGAGAGGGUCCAGACAAGGCACGAACUCAGCUGCUGAUUGUUGAUCGUGGGUUUGACCCAAUUUCACCGAUUCUACAUGAGCUGACCUUCCAAGCAAUGGCUUAUGACUUGCUAGAUAUCAAACAGGACAUCUAUAUGUAUCAGACAACCGGCAUUGGGGAUUCAAAAGAGAGAGAAGUGUUACUCAACGAAGAUGAUGACCUCUGGGUUCAGCUCAGGCACAUGCACAUCGCAGAUGUCACUAAGAAAGUGACGGAGCUUCUUCGCACUUUUUGUGAGAGCAAGAGAAUGUGCACAGACAACGCCAACAUUAAAGAUCUGUCUCAGAUGUUAAAAAAGAUGCCACAGUAUCAGAAGGAUCUGAGCAUGUACUCCACUCAUUUGCAUCUAGCUGAGGCUUGUAUGAAGAAAUUCAAGGCCUCUCUGGAUAAACUUUGUGAAGUGGAACAGGACCUGGUAAUGGGAGCAACUCCAGAUGGGGAACCUCUAAAAGAUGCCAUGAAGAGCAUUGUUCCUGUUCUCCUCAACAAUGAACUUGAAGCCUACGACAAAAUCCGCAUCAUCCUGCUGUACAUAUUCCACAAGAAGAAAGGCAUCACGGAGGAGAACCUUGCCAAGCUCAUCCAACACGCGAACAUUCAGGCUGAAAGCAACAUUAUCACCAAUCUGGAGAACCUGGGCUGUAACAUCAUAGCUGGGGGCAGAAAUGCUGGGAAAACACUGCCAGAGCGAAAGGAGCGCACAGGGAGCACAUAUGACCUCUCCAGAUGGACACCCAUCAUCAAGGAUGUCAUGGAGAACGUCAUAGACGACAAGUUGGACAAACAGCAGUGGCCAUUCAUCGCUGAUCCUGCUCCCAUCAACACCACUCAGACCGCAGUCAGCAGUGCACGUUUUGGACACUGGCACAAAAAUAAAUCUCCACCAGAAUAUCGCACUGGGCCUCGGCUGAUUAUUUUUGUGAUUGGUGGGGUGGCACACUCAGAGAUGCGUUCAGCUUAUGAAGUCACCCGAGCCACCGAUGGGAAAUGGGAAGUGCUGAUUGGUUCAUCUCACGUUCUGACUCCAACUAGCUUCCUCAAUGAUCUGAAGACUCUGGACCAAGUUCCGAAUCCUGAUUGUUAGAUAGACCCAGAGCAGGGAAAAGCACACUGGAAGAAGGAUUUAAUUCCACUUUAGAUGAAUGGUAUUCUGUUCAAAGUCUGAAGUGAAACAUGAAGAGACGUAGCCAUGGAAGGAAAUAUUUGUGAUUCUUUUUUUUUCUUUUUUUUUUUGCUGUUCUUUUUGUUGUGAAUUGGGUCCUGUACACUGCUGUGAUUGCAAAUGUUUUAAAAAUAUUUAAUUAGACAUUAUUGAUACUGUGAUUAUUGUACUAUUCAAAUUCCUAUUUUUGUUACAACGGUAUGCAUUAGAUUUGCCAAAUUAUGUACUGAACAAUUGUGUCACUCACAAAACGAGAUCAUCUCACAUCAAAUAUCUUAUUUAGGUAAGCUGUAGUCGAUUUCAAGUCAGUAGAAAUAUUUAUCAUAUAGUCAGUAUUGUUAAGUGCAUAAAAAGUUUUUCUCUAGGUACUUCUUUUUUCCUUAUCUGAGAAAUUUCAUCUCAGAUGAAACAACUGCUGUAAUGAAAUCUUGCACAUUUAACUUUUACUUUAAUAUAUUGCUGGGAGCAAAUGUGGUGGGUAUUUGUUUAUUUGUUGAUAAAAAUAAGCAAUAAACUAAACAUAUUUACUUUAA